UCUGCAUAUAAUAUAUAUAUAUAUAUAUAUAUCUCAUCUAAAGGCUUAUAAAUAACAAUAAUUGGGAAGUUUUUUUUAUGAAUAGUAGUGAAUUUUACAAGUAGCUAGCAAAACGUGCACAAACACAACGCUUAAUGCCAAUACCUUUAUAUAUUGCAAAUGAUGGUUGUAUGCAAAAACAGCAUAGUUUUUGUCCGUUCAUGUCAUCCCUAAGAGCCAUGUUUGACUGCAGGUACAUACAAUUAUGAUCAAUUAAUUAAGAAAAAUGACAUAAUCCACCGGUAGAGUCAUCAUUUUUGGAUAAUAAUUUCAAAUUCGAAUUCUCCUCAAGAUAAUAUAUACAUAUAUAUAUAUAAGAAAAAAAAUAGUAAUUAAACUUGAACAGUUGAUGAUUUUUGCCAUAGAGAGGUCACAUGACCGAAAAAUAGAAACCCUAGACCAGAAUAAGGAAAAACGCCCAAACGUCAUGUUGCAAGAGUAGUAAAAUGACAGUUUUGGCCUUGAGAAUUGGAGAAGCUGUAGGUGAGUACAAGAAUAUCUUAGUAGAGUCUCUGAGUCAUGGUCCUUGGUAAAAAAAAAAGUGACCAUAUCUCCAUUAAAAGAAUAACCCUUGUAAAACUCUAAAUCACACGCCAACAUCAUUUUUAUCUCCCAUUCAUUCAUUCAUUCAGAAGCCUCUUUUUUCUCUUUCUUUCUUUCUUUCUUUCCAUCCAAUAUAUCACCUCAAUAUAAUUCUACACAUCUUUCUUUCUCUCUCUCUCUCUCUCUCUCUCUCUGUCCCUGUCUCUCUCUCUCUUCACUCUCUCUGAAAGUGAUUAAUAAUUUCAUGUAUACCUGGUCACAUAUACUCAUAGCUUUUCAUCCAAGUAAUUCCCCUUUCUAAGCCCUCUUUUGUCCCUUCCCUUUUUAUGAACCCCUCUCUGUCAACUUCAGUCCUUCUCUCUCAGAUAUUCUUUUGAUUUCCUCUUCUCUUCAUCUCCAUGUGCCUCCCUAUUAUAAAUCCCCCAUUCCUCAAUCCCAAAAUUUUCCAUGCAUUACUAGUCUCUCUUUCUCAUUUCUUUUUCUUCUCUCUUUAAUUUUUGUUUGCUUCUCUUUGUUUUCUUGCCUUUGAAAAUCUAUCAUGGAACCUCAAAACCAACAACAACAACAAAAUGAGGAUGGUGGUGGAAGUGGGAAAGGUAAUGGAUUUCUGUGCAGGCAAAGCAGCACAAGAUGGACUCCCACAACUGAUCAGAUUAGAAUAUUGAAGGACCUUUACUACAAUAAUGGUGUUAGGUCUCCUAGUGCCGAGCAGAUUCAGAGGAUCUCUGCUCGUUUAAGACAGUAUGGUAAGAUUGAAGGCAAGAAUGUGUUCUAUUGGUUCCAAAACCAUAAAGCUCGUGAAAGACAGAAGAAAAGGUUCACUUCUGAUUCAUCACCUGCUGUUUCCAUGCAAAGAGGUGGUGGUGUCGCAGUCUCUAAUGUUUGGAAACCUGAUCAUGAAGCUUUUCACAACAAGUUCCCAAACAUUUCUCAUGGGGUUUGUUCUGCAUCUCCUUCUUCGGCUAGUACGCUUACUGUUGGACAGAAUAUGGGAAACUAUGGAUAUGGAUCUGUGACUAUGGAGAAGAAUUUUAGGGACUGCUCAAUAUCAGCAGGAGGAAGUAGUACAGGUGUUGGUGGCGGAUCACUAAGCCACAACUUCGGGUGGGUCGGUGUCGAACCGUAUUCUUCAACCUACUCUUUCAUUGACAAGAGAAAAGUACUACUUGAUGAAUAUGAUGAUGAAGAAGAAGAAGAUGAAGCUUCUCCAGAGAUUGAAACCCUCCCUCUCUUCCCCAUGCACGGUGAGGACAUCAAUGGCAUCAAGCACAACUCUCACGGCUACUACUCCGGUUGGUACCGGCCGUCCGAAGAUGGUGGAAACCGUGGCGGUUCUCGUACUUCUCUUGAGCUUAGCCUCAACUCCUACAGCCGCAGAUCCCCGGAUUCUCUCUGAUCAUCAAUCAAACAUAUUCUCAAUGCCCGUACACCCCUAAUUAAUGUUUAAUAACAUAUUAAUCCUUUAUAUAUAAUGUUGCUUAAUCAUUAAUUAUUAGCUACUGAUUAUGUUUAUGCUUUUGGCUGACACUUGCUUUGCAGUUCAAAGUUUAUUGGGGACUUGACACGUGUCAUCCAAAAAAAAAAAACUUUAAUUGGCUAGUUUUUAAUGUAUGUUCUAGAUAGAUUUGCUGAUUUUUAUUUUUUUUUACUCAAGAAUAUUCCAUGAUUGUUGGCUUAAAAUGCAUGGAUUAUAUUUUAAGGCAUGCACUCCUUCUCUUAAAUUUCUUAAUUAAUACUUUUUUGGGUCA